UGCACAAUCUGCUAGCAAAGGUUAUGCAGCGCCUGAAGAUGAUCAUGGCAGAAUCACCAGGCCUCAUCACCAUCUGCCUUUUAGGAUACCUACUCAGUGCUGAAUGUACAGUUUUUCUUGAUAAUGAAAAUGCCAACAAAAUUCUGAAUCGGCCAAAGAGGUAUAAUUCAGGUAAAUUGGAAGAGUUUGUUCAAGGGAACCUUGAGAGAGAAUGUUUAGAAGAAAAGUGUAAUUUUGAAGAAGCACGAGAAGUUUUUGAAAAUACUGAAAAAACAAAUGAAUUUUGGAAGCAGUAUGUUGAUGGAGAUCAGUGUGAGUCCAAUCCAUGUUUAAAUGGCGGCAGAUGCAAGGAUAACAUUAAUUCCUAUGAAUGUUGGUGUCCAUUUGGAUUUGAAGGAAAGAACUGUGAAUUAGAUGCAUCAUGUAGCAUUAAGAAUGGCAGAUGCACGCAGUUUUGUAAAUUUAGUGCUGAUCACAAGGUGGUUUGUUCCUGUACCGAGGGAUAUCGACUUGCAGAAAACCAGAAGUCCUGUGAACCAGCAGUGCCAUUUCCAUGUGGAAGAGUUUCUGCUUUACAAACUUCUAAGCUCACCCGUUCUGAGACUGUUUUUCCUGAUGUGUACAAUGAAAAUUCUACUGAAGUUGAAACCAUUUUGGAUAACGUCACUCAAAGUACCCAAUCAUUUGAUGACUUCACUCGAGUUGUUGGUGGAGAAGAAGCCAAACCAGGUCAAUUCCCUUGGCAGGUUGUAUUGAAUGGCAAAGUUGAUGCAUUCUGUGGAGGCUCUAUUGUUAAUGAGAAAUGGGUUGUAACUGCUGCCCACUGUAUUGAAACUGGUGUUAAAAUUACAGUUGUCGCAGGUAAACAUAACAUUGAGGAGACAGAACACACAGAGCAAAAGCGAAAUGUGAUUCGAAUCAUUCCUCACUACAACUACAAUGCAACUAUUAAUAAGUACAGCCAUGACAUUGCCCUUCUGGAACUGGAUAAACCCUUAGUGCUAAACAGCUAUGUUACACCUAUUUGCAUUGCUGACAAGGAAUACACGAACAUCUUCCUCAAAUUUGGAACUGGCUAUGUGAGUGGCUGGGGAAGAGUCUUCCACAGAGGGAGAUCAGCUUCAGUUCUUCAAUACCUUAAAGUUCCACUAGUUGACCGGGCCACAUGUCUUCGAUCUACAAAGUUCACCAUCUAUAACAACAUGUUCUGUGCUGGCUACCAUGAGGGAGGUAAAGAUUCAUGUCAAGGAGAUAGUGGGGGACCCCAUAUUACCGAAGUGGAAGGAACCAGUUUCUUAACUGGAAUUAUUAGCUGGGGUGAAGAGUGUGCAAUGAAAGGCAAAUAUGGAAUAUACACCAAGGUAUCCCGGUAUGUCAACUGGAUUAAGGAAAAAACAAAGCUCACUUAAUGAAAAUGGAUUUCCAACGUUAAUUCAUUGGAAUUGAAAAUUAACAGGGCCUUUCACUAACUAAUCACUUUCCCAUCUCUUGUUAGAUUUGAAUAUGUAUAUUCUAUGUCUACUGCUUUUUCUCUUUACAGGGGAGAAUUUCAUGUUUUACCUGAGCAAAUUGAUUAGAAAAUGGAAUCACUAGAGGAAUAUAAUGUGGUGGGAAAUUGUAGCCAUUUCUAAGGACCCAGGCCUUGACAAAAUUGUGAAGUUAAAUUCUACACUCUAUCCACCAGAUACUAUGGUUCUCCACCAUGGCAACUAACUCACCUGAUUUUCCCUCCUUAGCAGCAUUCCAUGUUCCCAGUCUUCUUUGCUUCUCCAACCAAAACAUCAAUGUUUAUUAGUUCUGUAUACAGUACAGGAUCUUUGGUCUACUCUAUCACAAGGCCAGUACCACACUCAUGAAGAAAGAACACAGAAGUAGCUGAGAGAUUAAAACUCAUCAAAAACACAACUUCUUUUCCUCUACCCUAUUCCUGAAUCUUUUACCUUUUUCAAAUCCCAAUCCCCAAAUCAGUUUUUCUCUUUCUCAUUCCCUCUCUCCAUUUUACCCUCCACAGUCAUUAAAGGAGUAAUGAUUAGGGAGCAUCAUUCUGUUACACUGCUAUACACAGUUAUACAUGUCUAUCAAACCCAGACUUGCUUUCAUAGUGGAGAACUGCUUUUCAGAACAUAGGGAUGAAGUAAAGGGCCUGAAAAAUUUGGGGGAAAAGUUUCUUUUAGAGGGUUAAAUUUCUAUAUAUAAAUAUAUAUAUAUAUAUAUAUAUAUAUAUAUAUAUAUAUACACACACACACACACACACAUACAAAUAUAUAAUGUGUGUUUAUACACACACAUACAUACACACAUAUAAUGGAAGGAAUAAACCAUUCUAAGAGCUUGUAUGAUUAUGAAGGUCUGAGUAGGUAAGAUUCCAUGAAGGCAAGAUUGGCAGGUCAUUGUAACUAACAAAGCUGACAUUGACCCAGAUGUAUUGUACCCUUUCUAAAAAUAAUGAUAAUAAUGCUAACAGAAAGAAGAGAACAGUUUGUUUGCAAUCUACAGCUAGUAGAGACUUUGAGGAAGAAUUCAACAGUGUGUCUCCAGCAGUGUUCUGAGCCAAACAGGAAGUGGAAGUUGCCUAGACCAAAGGACAUAAGCAUCCUGUCUCCUUUACUAGCAUACCCUUGAAGUGGAGGAGGGUGCAGCAGGCUCAAAGACAUGAGUCAUUUCAAUCACCCAACUAAGUUCUCCUUUUCUGGUUUUGUGUUCACCAAGGAACAUUUUGAUUAUAGUUAAUCCUUCUAUCUUGAAUUUUCUAGAGAGUUGCUGACCAACUGACAUAUGUUUCCCUUUUGAAUUAAUAAACUGAUGUUCUGGUUCAUA